CCUUUUUUACCCUCUUCGGCCGAAGGGUUUUAUGGGAAUGUCAACCCUCCCAAUUUUUUGCAUAAAUUUCUGAUCCGAGUCAAAGUUGAAAGUAUUUAUGGGGGGCUGAGGGAGUACAACGUAACACUCGUUCAAAAAACAAAAAGUUACAACGUAACACAAACUCCUUUGAAUUAAUCAAUUAAACUCAAUUAUACCAUCUUUCUAACAUAAUUAUAACAUCGUUCAUUAUAGGUCGCUCCCUAGCUGUUUCACUGCUGCACAUGGUUGCAAUCCUGAAGUAGCGGGUCAGAUCAUUUUCAUUCGGACCGUACACCGACAACUUCGAAUCAAUAAUUUCAUCGUGCCGGUUUCGUGAGACCAUGUUUCUAGCCCAUUCCACUAACCUAAUAUCCCGGCCGUCCUCUCCGGCGAAGGGGAAGUUCGGCCGUAUUCCGGUGACAAUUUCCAACAUCAAUACCCCGAAGCUGUACACAUCUCCCAUCGUGGUGGCCCUCGCCGCACCGUGGAUGUACUCCGGCGGCAUGUACCCCAUCGUUCCGGCCACCUGCGUCGAGACGUCUAUGUGGGACCCUUCGGUCUGCCUCGCCAAUCCAAAAUCUGCGAUUUGGGAUUCGAAGUUUUCAUCCAAGAGCACAUUGCUGGCCUUUAUAUCCCUGUGAAUGAUCGGACGGUCCAAACUGUGCAUAUAGGCGAGCCCUUUCGCCACUCCUUUGACGAUCUUAACCCUCGUCUCCCAGCUCAGAGGCUCCCGCUGGGCCGAUUCUGCCACGUCACUCGCCGACGUGUAGUGAAGCCAUUGGUCCAGGCUGCCGUUCUUCACGAACUCGUAAAUCAGGACCCGAUCCGAACCCGCGGAGCAGUACCCGAUCAUCUUCACUAUAUUCGGGUGUCGGAUCUUACCGAGAGUCUCCAUCUCGGCCCGGAACUCGCGGAAGCCCUGGAAGGCGUCGGCGGAGAGCUUCUUCACGGCGACUUGGAGGCCGGAGGAGAGCUUGGCCUUGUAAACGAGGCCGAAGCUGCCGUCUCCAAUUAUGAGGUCCGGCGAAAAGUCUCGGGUCGCUUGGACCAGCUCGGGCAUGUCGAUCCGAUUGAUAUCCGCUGGAUCGAACGUUGCGCUCUCGAGAACGGAUAUGGAGGAAGGCUGACGGCUUCGGUAUUUGGAGACUACGCAGAGGAUGAUGAUGCAGGUGACGAUGAAGCUCAAUACGACGCAUCCUGCAGCCGCAACGAGAAUUUGUAUAGUUGCGCUUACCCCAUUAAGACGCAAUAGCCCCAUAGAUGCAGAAAUUAAGAGAAAGGUCUGCGGAUUGGAGUGGAAAAGAGAGACAGAGAUUAGUACAUGAUUCUGAAGAGAAAGAUCAUGCCGAAUACGACCGGCCAUUUACGGCGAGAAGUUUCGAGGAGGAUAACAUUGACUAGAAUUGGAGUCGAUGGCCCAACUUAGGUCAAAAAUUCUAAAAGACACAACUAAA